AUGAACUACCAAGCAAUUGCUCCAGAGAGUAACACGGCAUUGGUGAAGAACGGAGAUACAUGCGACAAGCCUACACCUUUACUCUCAUCAACUUGGAGAUUAUUAGCUGUGGGUUGGACGUUGUGUACGUGGGUUUUGGCAACCGUGGCUGGCUGUUUGCCGAAGAACAACAAUUUUGGCGCCUGCCGUCUGAAAGAUGUCAAAGCAUCACAGAAUUGUGAUACCAUUGGUUAUAUCCUAAACUCUUUAAUCACAGGCUUGAACAUCCUAGCUGCUUUACUCUUGAUGGGUUCUGAUUAUAUUCGGCAACGUCUUCUCACCCCCACCAGAAUGGACAUUGAUAUAGCACACUCGAAGAAUAAGUGGUUCAUCAUAGGCAACCAAGAUUUCAGCAACUUCAGAAUUGUACCUAUUGUUGCGAGAAUACUGUGGCUCUCUUUGCUGUUAACCUCCCUUCCUAUUCAACUACUUCUCAAUGGUUUAUUUUUUGUUUCCGAUACUUCCUCCGAUGCUUUCGAGGUUGUAGUAUCCCCAGAGUGGAAUACCAAGCCAGCAUAUUUCGACGUUUCGAGUGUUUCAAUCUACCAACAAAUCGUAGAUAAAAAUGCCUCUUCAGUCGCUUGGGCCACUCUUGCACCACUCCAAAAAGCUCUGGAAGAUCUCCAAGUACAAAGAGUCAAUCGCUCCAUGGUUCUGGAGUCAUAUGCGCUGGCAGGGCAUGAUACAACGCAAAAGGUGUCGAUGUUCCUUUCGCCACCUGUAGGCCCCGGGAAUUGGGCUAACUUGUCCAUUGCCGACUGCCUCCUUAAAACACCAUUCCUCACACCCUGCAAGUCCGUCUUAUUGCGAUAUUCGAAAGCCAACUUUGUCGAAAGAAUACUGCAAAAGAUCGUUCGAACUCCUGAUAGCUAUUUUGGAUUGGGCGCACAUGAUGAAAACACGGAAACGAAUCAGAAGACUAACGAUUCGUUAUAUACACGCUAA